CAGUCGAUUCAAACGGUUUAGUUAAUCAGUGGCGUUACGCUUGUGUAUUAGCCAAUUAUACGGGUUACGAGUAUAGCUGCAGACAAACGCGCGUGUGUGUAUGUGCUCCGCUUUCGGUUUGGACAAAUUAUGCGUUCUGCAAAUUCGUUUUGAUACGUUGUUUCUAAUUGUUACAAAUUGACAUCCCAUUGGGCCAUCCUCUUCGCCCAAACGCUAUAAAAUCGCACACAAAUAACAAAAUUACUUGGCAGCAUACUUACAUCGCAACCUGUUGCCUUCAUUCGCUUGCCCAUGGCAAUGGAAAAUGCUGUCUUCUAUGCCUUGGCCACUUGGCUACUGUUGUUAUGGAUUUACUUUUUGUGGUCACGUAGGCAUUUUUAUCGUGUUGCUUGGCAAUUGCCCGGCCCCAUGGGCUUGCCAUUCAUUGGACUGGGGCUGCAAAUGAUGCAUCCGGAGACUUUUCUACAAUACAUGGAACGCAUAUCGAAAUGCUAUGCAACACCAUUUAUCUCGUGGAUGGGUACAAGUUGCUUCCUGUACGUUAAUGACCCGGAAACAGUCGAAACGAUUUUCAACUCAUCCCACUGCACCAACAAAGGCGAAUUUUAUCGCUUCAUGGCAGCGGCAAUUGGCGAUGGACUCUUCACAUCCAGCUCUCCCCGCUGGAAUAAGCAUCGGCGCCUCAUCAAUCCGGCUUUUAGUCGCCAAAUCAUCAACAACUUUUUACCCAUUUUCAAUGCCGAAGCUGAUCUGAUGCUGAGCAAAUUUGCGGAUUUGGCCUCUACCGAUACGCCGUUGGAGAUCUACGAAAUAUUAAAACGCAAUGUAUUGGAGGCAGCAUGUCAAACCACAAUGGGUAAACGCAUGAAUUUUGAAAACGAAGGCUCUGCGCAUAUCUUCGAAGCAUACAAAGGCGUCACUGAGGUGUGUGUGCGUCGCAUGCUGACGCCAUGGCUUUAUCCGGAUAUGCUCUAUCGCCGCUCGGCGCUGUUUGUGCGCCAGCAGCAGGUCGUUCAUGUGCUUUUCAGCUUCAUUGAAAGUCUGCUGCAGCUCAAAAAUAAUAAAUCUGUUGCAAACGGCAUGGAACAGCAACAACAAGAGCAAAAACACUCAACUAUUAAUGAAAAUGAAAGUGAAAAUUGUGCCAGGACUGCGAAUGUAAAUGUGAAUGAGAAUGGGAAAAUGAAUGGGAAAGUGAAUAUGAAAGUGAAUGUGGCUGCAUUAACGGAUGCGGAUGCAGAUGGUUCAGCGAUCAUACGGAAGUCCAAAGCUAUCUUUGUGGAGCAAGUACGUUCACAUGUCGAACAAGGUCAACUGUCGUGGGAUGAUGUGCGGGCGGAGGCGAAUGUCAUCAUAGCGGCGACCUUUGAAACUACCUCUACUGCUUUAUAUAUCGUAUGCCUGUGUCUGGCGAUGCACCCCGACUACCAAGAAAAAGUUUAUGAAGAACUAAGCGCCCUUUUUCCGGAAGACAAAUCACCCGAAAUCGAUAAUACGCAUCUUGAAAAAAUGCCUUACACCGAAAUGGUCAUCAAUGAGGCACUACGUCUCUACUCUCCCGUACCGAUGGUGUUGCGUAGUGCUGCCGAUGACUUUCGGCUACGCAACGAUGUUAUAAUACCACGUGGCACACAAAUUGGCAUCGACAUUUACAAUAUGCAACGCGAUGAACGCAUUUGGGGAAGCGCAGCGAAGCAAUUCAAACCAGAGGCGCAUUUCGGGCCAUAUGCGACCAAUCAGCAUGCCUUCGCUUUCAUACCAUUCACAAAGGGGCUGCGCAUGUGCAUUGGCUAUCGGUAUGCCUUGAUGUUGAUGAAGGUAUUCGUGGCAAAGAUAUUCAGGCAAUAUCGUAUAAAAACCGCUGCAACGCUGGAUCAGUUGAUCGUUAAGGGCACCAUAUCGCUGAAGUUAGCAGAGUAUCCGUUAUGUCAAUUAGAGGCGCGUAGUAGUUAAGCGGGUGGUGGGGUGGGUAAUUGCAAUUAGUUAAAGUAAUAAAGGAGCAAAAAGGGCCCGGGAAAUUAAAUUGGAAAAUUAAAAAUAUCUCUUUUAAUGGUUUGUUUUUUUUUUUUUGUAUUUUUAAUUUAUUUUCCUUUAGUUUUAAUCAAAAUUGGUAAAAUGUUUGUUAUUUUUAAUAGUCACAAGCUGCUUUUUCUUACUUCUAUGUUCUCACAUAUUUGCGCUUAGCGUUUAGUUUUUCACAUAAUUUACUUAAUUACUUUUCAAAUGUAAUUUUUUUUAUGUUGUAUUUUUGUAUUUCUUUUUUAUUUUUUUGUUGUCGGAAUUUGUUUGAGGAUGUAUGUUACAAUGAUCGGGGUCAAGUGUAUGCGUGUGAGUGUGUAUGUGUGGAUUAGUGAGUGCACAGUUUUUCAAUCUGUAAUUUUUUUGUUUUUGCUUUUGCUUUGCUUUUUGAUUAACUAUAACUUGUUAAUGCUUUUACUUUGAAUUUCAAAAUAUUCAAGUAAGUAUAUCGAUUAUUUUUUUUACUUUAGCUAGUGUUGGUAAAUCUUUCAAUUUCACUACUCUGAUUGACUUGGUUUUUAGUAAUAUUUUAUAUAAUUAUGAGUCAAUAUGUACGUAUAUCCUAUUGCUUAGCCGCAUUUUUAAGCAAAUAUUUUUAUUUGAAUUUUUUCUUUUUUGGUUUUAUAAUAAUUAUUGUAUAUUUCUGGUGUAUCUAAAAAUAAAUUGUUUUUAUCAUUUUGAAAGGAAAAAAGUUGGGGAUUAAGUUUUGUUUCUUUACUUCAUUGGGUUUAAAUUGUAUAGUCGAAAAAAAUGGAAGCCAAUUUUCAUACAAUUAGUGAUAAAUGAUUAUUUGUGCUGAAUUCGAGAAUAUUUUAUUUUAAAUAUUUAAUUUAAAGAAAAGACAUUUUCAAGCUCUUUAUUAUGCUUCACAUACAUUUAUGUAUAUACAUAUAUGUAUGUAAGCCUGAAUAGGCUUUAUUUAUUAUUAAAUAGUAAUUAAAUACGUUAAGAAAAU